CACGGGCGAACACGCCGUGUUGGAUAGGGACACACACUCACUCGUCUAUCAUCAGAUCGAGCAUCCAGUCCAGAAAAACCAGAGCAAUCCGCAGGUGAGCAUAAUGGAGGCGACGAAGGAGAGGCGGGAGCAGAAGGCCGGCGACUCGGUGCAGCUGCCGACGGAGACGAGCCCGUACGUGCAGUACAACAAGGACGACGGCCUGGAGGACUACAAGAUGCCGGCCUACGGCGCGCAGGGCCACCUCCCCGUCUCCGACGUGCCCCACGGCUCCGGCACCGACGCGCCCACCAUCCCCGGCACCGCGCUCCCGACUCAGCGCCUGAACCUGCACGGGCGCCAGCAGCCGCAGCGGGGCGCCCGGGGAGGGGGCGCUGGCGUUCGCCGCACCGACGCCGACGAGGCUGCCACCGACGCCAUCAACCGCCACGGCGUGCCGUAAUUCAAGGCUAGGCUACUAUAGUAAUCUAGUAUAGCGCUCGAGCCUCGGGGUUAUCCACCUACGUAGUGCACCACUAGUAUCCAGUUUUCAGUGCGCGUGGGAAAAAAUAAAGUUUGUAAUGUACUAAAAUCGAUGGCAGGCAUCUCUAGCAUAAUGUAAUACUCCCUUCUUCGGAA